AAAAGAAAAAGAAAAGCAGCAAGAAGCAACCGCGGUGUUACCAUUCUCCGGGUUUAACUCUGGUCUCCCUGGACAGUGUGCGAGCAACUCCACAUUGAGGUGUGGCAGUGGUGUAGAAGAAAGAUUCCGCGUCCAAGAAAACGCAAUGCAAGCUGCAUCAACAGGCAUUGGUUACGGUCUCAAAUAUCAGGCCAGAUGCAUAUCAGAUGUAAAAGCAGACACAGAUCACACUAGUUUUCUUGCAGGAACUCUCAGCCUCAAAGAAGAAAACGAGGUACAUCUGAUUCGGCUCUCGUCCAGUGGAACCGAACUCUUCUGCGAGGGAUUGUUUUCUCAUCCCAACGAGAUCUGGGACCUCGUCUCUUGUCCGUUUGAUCAACGGAUCUUUUCAACCGUUUACUCUAAUGGUGAAACGUGUGGGGCAGCGAUAUGGCAGAUACCUGAGUUAUACGGCGAAUUAAAUUCCCCGCAGCUUGAGAAAAUUACAUCCCUUGACACUGAUUCUGGGAAGAUUAAAUGUAUUCUUUGGUGGCCAUCUGGACGUCAUGAUAAACUGAUCAGCAUCAAUGAGGAAAAUAUGUACUUGUGGAAUUUAGAUGUUUCAAAGAAAACUGCACAGAUUUUUUUCGGCGAUUUUGAACUAGUUCCUCCACGGCCUUCCAAUACAUUCAAACAUAACACCAGGUACAAUCACAAGAUUCAGCUGGUAUGCUGCACAAAUUAUCUGGAGGGGCGUGGGAUCCUCAUGAUGAAGACUAUUUCAGUGGAAUGUUCUCAUGCAUGCAGUGUUGAUUACCAUCCUCAGAAGCAGCACAUACUUGUUACUGCUGAGCAUGAGUCUGGGAUACAUAUUUGGGAUCUAAGAAAACCCAAACUUCCCAUCCAAGAGCUUCCAGGACAUACUCAUUGGACGUGGACUGUCAAGUGUAAUCCAGAGUAUGAUGGAAUGAUCUUGAGUAGUGGUACGGAUUCAACUGUCAAUUUGUGGCUUACCUCAACUAAUCAUGACGAGCUAACAACUGAAAGACUAGUAGAUUCAUCUGCCCGAUGGGUUGAUCCGUUGCUUAAUUCAUACAGUGAUUAUGAAGAUAGCAUUUAUGGGCUCACAUGGAGCUCCCGUGAACCAUGGAUCUUUGCAUCAUUAUCCUAUGAUGGCAGGGUUGUUGUAGAAUCAGUUAAGCCUUACAUACCCAAAAAAUGAAGUUCAGCACCAAUUACCAUGAUGCCAUCAUUUGUUAUCUUGUGUAUGUCAGUGAUGCCCUGUUUCUCGGGAUUUAGAUAAACAGAUGGAUCAAAUGUCUUUAGACAUAAGCAGAUGCCUGAAAUGCUCGAAUGUUUUGUGAUCAUGCUCGGUCGGUAGGUUUGACGAGACUGAAGAGGUUUAAUGCUACAUGUGCAUUUCAUCUUAUGGCAAGAAAACGUUGAUAGAAUGUAAUCAACAUUUUUUUGUUUAAUUUUUUUAUAUUUGGACAUUGAAUUGUUUUAGGCUGGACUGUGUUUCUAGCUAAUUCUUUUAUUACACAUCCAUGUCAUGUAAUUCGUGGAGUCAUUGUAUAAUCUAUGGAAUUACAAGUUUGUACAAGUUCAUACCAUUCUUUCUUUGAAGAAAGGUAAUAACCUCUUCCCUUAUUAUAUAAAUGGACUGUAAUUGAUAAA